AUGAAGCUGUUCUUUGUUUUUUUACUUAUCGCCGUUCAUCCCAUUACCAUAUGUGCCCGUUCAAUGGUCCUCGUCCUCCCCUUGGACGAUCUCUCUGACGCCAUUUCAGCCCCAGAUGACGCCGAUGGCUCAUACUCCGAUUCCGAUGAAUUCAACGACUCCGGACCCGAACCCGGCUCGGUCGUCGACCCGGGUUCAUGGUCCGACAUCUUCGAAUCCCCGGCUUGUGUCAAUGGUACCAGCAUAAUCAAUAACGAGGAUAAUAAAGAUUAUGACGGGGCUUAUUGUGAGGCGCUGAGGAAGAUGUUGGAGGUGGGGAGUGGUGGGGGAUACAGGGUGAUGGAGGAGGCCGUGUCUGAGAUUGAGGCGGCUGCUGCGGCGGGGCAUCCCCACGCGCAGUCGGUGAUUGGGUUUUGGUAUAACAUGGGAAUGACCAGGGAGUUGAGCCAAGCCAAGGCGUUUUUGUAUCAUUCUUUUGCAGCUGAGGGUGGGAAUUUGCAGUCCAAGAUGGCACUGGCCUAUACUUAUUAUCGUCAGGAGAUGCACGAUAAAGCAGUUAAGCUGUAUGCUGAAUUGGCAGAGGUAGCAGUGAAUAGUUUUCCUAUCUCGAAGGACUCAACCAUUGAAACAAUUAGGAUCCAUAACGGUCCAGAGGAAAAUAAGGAAGCUCUAAGGAAGUCCAAAGGAGAGGAGGAUGAGGACUUUCAGAUUUUGGAAUAUCAGGCACAGAAAGGGAAUGCAGAAGCCAUGUAUCAAGUCGGAAUAUUUUACUACUUUGGUUUGAGGGGACUAAGGUGUAAUCAUGAAAAGGCAUCGAGUUGGUUCUCAAAGGCUGCGGAAAAGGGUGAACCUAGGUCAAUGGAACUUCUUGGAGAGAUAUAUGCAAGCGGAGUGGGAUUUGAGAAGAACUACACAAAGGCGCUAGAAUGGCUUACCCUUGCUUCUGAACAAAAACUUUAUUCAGCUUACAAUGGGAUGGGAUAUUUAUAUGUCAAGGGUUACGGAGUGGAAAAGAACUAUACGAAGGCCAAAGAAUAUUUUGAGAAGGCUGCUGACAAGAAAGAACCAGGUGGUUUCUACAAUCUUGGGGUAAUUUAUCUCAAGGGCCUUGGCGUGAAGCAGGAUUUGAAGAUAGCACGCAAAUAUAUAUUGACGGCUGUUAAAGCUGGCCAACCAAAAGCUUUCUACCAAUUGGCAAAGAUGUUACAUACUGGUGUGGGGAUGAAGAAGAAUCUUCCAGUGGCAAUUAAAUUAUACAAAAUAGUUGCUGAGCGUGGACCAUGGAGUUCCUUGUCUAGAUGGGCAAUAGAGUCAUAUCUGAAAGGUGAUGUCAGCAUGUCAUUCCUUUUGUACUCUAGAAUGGCAGAGAUGGGGUAUGAGGUGGCACAAAGUAACUCAGCAUGGAUCCUUGACAAAUAUGGAGAACAUGGUAUGUGCAUGGGAGAGUCAGGAAUGUGCACAGAUGCAGAAAGACAUCGGCGUGCUCACGCCUUAUGGUGGCAAGCUUCUGAGCAGGGUAACGAACAUGCUGCUUUGCUUAUAGGGGAUGCAUAUUACUAUGGCCGGGGUACAGUACGAGAUUAUGUUCGUGCAGCAGAGGCUUAUAUGCUUGCCAAAUCUCAGUCAAAUGCUCAGGCCAUCUUCAACCUGGGAUACAUGCAUGAGCACGGGCUUGGACUACCAUUUGAUCUUCACCUUGCGAAGCGUUACUAUGAUCAUGCCUUAGAAGUUGAUCCUACAGCUAAGUUGCCUGUAACACUAGCCCUUGCAAGUUUGUGGAUGCGGAAGAACUAUGCCAACAGUUUCAUGAUCAAUAUGAUUGAUGCACUUCCUGAAGUUUUUCCUAAAGUGGAGGCUUGGGUGAAGGAUGUUAUUAUGGAGGAAGGAAAUGCAACAAUUCUAACACUCUUUGUCUGCCUGCUGACUAUCCUUUACUUUCGUGAGCGGCAAAGGAGACAUGCUGCAGCUGGAGACGUGGCCCCGCCACCCCAACCUCUUCGGUAG